AUGGCUCCUCCCACCGACCGAGACAUCUUGCCCGAUACGAUCAAGCCCGUAAACUAUAGCCUGUCCCUGUUCAACCUCGAACUCGGAGGGCACUGGUCCUACGAUGGCGUGGUCAAGAUCGAUUCCAAGGUCAAGCAUGAAACCCAGGAGCUGGUGAUCAACUCCAAAGAGCUGGAAAUCAAUGGCGCGGAUGUUUUUGGUAAAGAUGGCGGGUCUCCUGUUGCAUCCAUGACCGACGUUUCCUACGACACGACCAGUGAACGGGCGACAAUCAAGUUCUCCUCUACAAUCCCCUCUGGCGAUGCUGUGAUUGCCAUCAAGUACAGAGGCACCAUCAACAAUGCAAUGGCGGGGUUCUAUCGGUCCAAGUAUAAGCCAGCCGUCACACCAGGUCCAGAUACACCCACAGAUGGGGAGCAUUACUACAUGCUUAGCACUCAAUUUGAAGCCUGCGACGCCCGGCGAGCCUAUCCCUGCUUUGACGAGCCGAACUUGAAGGCGUCUUUUGAUUUCGAGGUCGAGAUCCCAGAGGGCCUGGUUGCUCUGAGUAACAUGCCAGAGAAAAGCGUGACCAAGGGCAGCAAGGAUGGACUGAAGAAAGUUUCCUUUGAGAGGACCCCGACUAUGAGCACCUAUUUGGCCGCUUGGGCUAUUGGCGACUUCGAGUAUGUUGAAGCCUUCACCGAGCGCAAAUAUAACGGAAAGAAUCUGCCCGUCCGAGUGUAUACUACUCGCGGCCUCAAAGAGCAAGGUAGCUUUGCUUUGGAACAUGCCCAUAAAACUAUCGAUUACUUCUCGGAGGUCUUUGGGUUCGACUAUCCCCUCCCGAAGUCUGAUUUACUGGCGGUGCAUGAGUUCGCCAUGGGUGCCAUGGAAAACUGGGGUCUGGUGACCUAUCGGACAACCGCUGUACUUUUCGACGAGGAAAAAUCAGAUGCCCGGUUCAAGAACAGGGUCGCGUAUGUGGUUGCUCACGAACUUGCACAUCAAUGGUUCGGCAACUUGGUGACUAUGGACUGGUGGAAUGAGCUUUGGCUGAACGAGGGUUUCGCAACCUGGGUCGGAUGGCUUGCAGUGGACCACUUACAUCCCGAGUGGAAGGUGUGGAGUCAGUUUGUGGCUGAAGCUGUACAAACAGCACUUGAACUCGACUCUCUGCGCGCCUCGCACCCCAUCGAAGUUCCUGUUCGCAAUGCUUUGGAGGUCGACCAGAUCUUCGAUACAAUCUCCUACCUGAAGGGAAGUUCUGUCAUCCGAAUGUUGAGCAAUCAUCUCGGCCAGGAGAUAUUCUUGAAAGGUGUUGGAGACUAUCUCAGAAUUCAUGCAUAUGGCAAUGCAAGAACCAACGAUCUAUGGGCGGCUCUUAGCGCCGCUGCAGACCAAGAUGUCCAGGCUUUCAUGGACCCAUGGAUCCGCAAAAUCGGAUUUCCAGUUGUUACUGUGGCCGAAGAGCCAGGGCAGAUAUCUUUGCGCCAAUCCCGCUUCCUGGCUACAGGUGAUGCGAAGCCGGAGGAAGAUGAGACUACCUGGUGGAUUCCCGUGGGACUCAAGACCGGCACCCCUGCAAAAGUUGUCCACAGUGCAUUGACUGUCAAGGAAGACACGAUUCGGGAUGUCGACGAUGAUUUUUACAAGAUCAAUGCCGACCAGAGCGGCUUCUACCGCACAAACUACCCGCCCCAGCGCUUGUUGAAGCUUGGUCAAGCUCCUGAUCGUCUAUCAACAGAGGACAAAAUCGGCCUGCUAGGUGAUGCCACGGCCCUAGCUGUCUCAGGAAAUGGCACGACUGCCGCUCUCUUGUCCUUGUUGGAAGGCUUCAAGAAUGAGACGAGCUAUUUGGUGUGGUCGCAGAUCGCGGCCUCGUUAUCGAAAGUCCGCGCCGUUUUCUCCGAGAACAAGAAAGUCUCCGAUGGGCUCAAGAAGUUCUCGCUUAAGCUGUUCUCACCUGCAGCGGAAGCGAUAGGUUGGGAGUUUCCCAAAGACGAAGAAUGGCUAACAGGCCAAUUACGCAAGCUCCUCCUUGCGUAUGCAGCAGGAGCGGGCCAUGAGGGCAUCAUUGCAGAAGGAAAAAAGAAGUUUGCAGCUUGGAAAGCUGGGGAUGAGAAGGCUAUUCACCAGAAUCUUCGGGGCGUGAUAUUCAACCUGACGGUUGCCAACGGUGGCCAAGAGGAAUACGAUGCCAUCAAGGCCGAAUUCAGAAAGACAUCGUCUGUGGAUGGCAGGGAAAUCUGCAUUCAAGCGCUAGGUCGUUCCAAAAAUCCUGAGCAUGCUUGGGAUCUGCUACAGUUUGUGACUUCCGAGGAGGUUCCAGUUCAAGAUGCGCACGGAGGGGUUGCGGCGGUGUCAAACAACAAUGAAACUCGACGUGUGGCCUGGGAGUUCACCAAGAAGGAGUGGAAGCGGAUCGAGGAGAGACUCAAGGGGACGAAUAUCGUGCUGGACCGCUGGAUCAAGAUGGCACUACCCAAGUUCUCGGAUAUUGCGAUUCGGGAUGAUAUCGCCGAUUUCUUCAAAGACAAGAACACGGCGGCAUUCAGCCGGAGCCUGGUGAUUACGCACGACUCCAUUACGAGCAAUGCCAACUACAAGCAACGUGAUGAAGCUCAGCUGUUGGAAUGGCUCAAGACACAUGGCUAUGCUUGA